GAAAGAUUCCCACGGUUGCAAUUCAGAUCCAUUGUGUGGUAUGUACUGGUCAACGCUGGAGCCAAUCACCAGCCGACAGGGCCGUCUUUGUUAAAGAAGACACCGGUCUCCCCCUCCUUCUCCAGCGCGGUCUUCACGAUGACCUGGCAGCCCACCUCAGGGCCCAUCACCCCGGUGAAGCCAUUCAGCUUCGUGGAGACGUAGCCUGGGCAGAUAGCCACGACGCGGAUGCCCGAGCCCGCCUUCUUCUCGUCGAUCGCCAGCUGCAGCGUGUACAUGUUGGCCGCGGCUUUGCUCGAGCAGUACGCCGGGAACGUGGACAACGACGGGGUAGAGGCGGAGUAGAUCGCGAAGGAGCCGGCGGACGACGUGAUGUUGAUGAUCGCCCCGUUUUUGUUCAGCAGGGGCUUCAUCGUCUCGGUGAUCGCAGCGGUGCCGACAACGUUCACUUCUAAGAUGUCCCGCAUCGUGUUGGUCGAGCUGCACCAAUCCCCGCACUGGGCUGCAUGUCAACGACGAGCAACCCACCAAAUUCAGGAUCCGCGCUCACUUGUUGAUCAGAACAUCCAGCCCCUCGCCCGAUACGUAUUCAGAGACCGUCCGGAACGCAGCGGCGCGCGAGGCGUCGUCCGUGAUAUCCAGCUGGACGGGGACGAUCUUGGACGAUGGAUCAAUUUCGGAGGGAAGCGACGCGAUCGCUGCCUCCGCAGCAGCGAGUUUCCUGGAGCCUGUAAUU